AUGGCGGAUUCUGAUGUUGGGACUGUAGUGGGCCUUCCUGAAGAUCCCAUGCAACGUGAGGUUAUGGUCGCCCAACCGCCAGCUGCUCAGGCAGCAACUCCGCAAGGGCUAGUCCUGAAUGGAAUGGACCAGCCUCGGGUCCAGGUGGAUUCGCCCACUGGACAAACUACGAUGGCAAGGUCGGGAGCUACGAACCUGCAGGCAGAUGUGGACGGCGCUGGAGCAAUGGAUGAGACAGUAUCUUUUGCUGGAAGAGCGGAUGUCCCGCCGAACUCACAGAACUUUAGCAGCUCACUGGAGCCAGAACCCGCAUCACGGCGAAGUCAGGCAGUGGAGGGAACAUCCAUGACGAACUUUGAUCGUGGCGGAGCUGGAGCUGGUGAACAGGCUGCAGAGGUCUCGCAGGUGGCUUCGACUGGUUUUGCAACUCCGAGAUCCACGAGGAAUGGAUAUAAUGGAGCUGCACCGUGGGUGGCAGGAUUGGAGGUGCCAGCAUGGGUAACCAGGCUGGGAUCGUACUUGUCGCUGGCCCCACAGAACGAUCUUUUGCCCAGUCCCCUUGGUGGGAGUCAGGGAUCCCAGAGGUCGCUUCCAGGCGGCCCGAGCUUUGUGCUGCGACCACCGAGCAGCAGACAGGUGGCAUCGCCUCCAACUCCGAGUUCCUCGAGCUUGCCCCAAGAGGCGAUCCAAGCAGAAGUGCAGCGGCAGCUAGGCCAGGUCCUGCAGCGGUUGCGGGCAGCGGAGCAACGUAAUGAGGAGCUGGAAAGCGAGCUUGCAGCUGUUAGACAAGGAAGCGACGGUGUGAGACAGCCAGUUUUUCCAGGCCUGGAGCAGGCCCACCCACGUCGAGUAUCUGACCUUCAUGAUCAAGGACGAGAACGCCCAGAUCCAUCGGGUGAUGAGGUGUAUCCAGGAAUGUCGGAGAUGCGGCCUCCAGACCUCAACGAAGUCCCUGGCCCUUUGGAACCCUGUCGAGACCCACCUCCUGAGAGGACUACAUCAACCAGAACUUCAAGGGUGGCAACUUCUGGGGGCAUCGCUGAGGGAAUCCGAACCCUCUUGGGUGGAGGAACUAGGCCUCCAACACCGCCAAUCCCAAGGGAGUCGUCAAGCCCAAGGGAGAGUCCUGUGUUAGAAAUGUUGGCGAAGGGCAUGAAGCAACUGCAGGACAUUCAGGCCCAGACUUUGGCCAGAUCGCCAACCUCAAGCUCACAAUCCGAGGUGGUCAAGCCAGGAACUUUGACCCUGAGCCCUCUGCCGGAAUAUCGUGCCUCCGAUGGUGCAGGUUCGUCGGCGCUACAACUGCAAGACUGGUUGGAAGUGGCGGCGACUGUAUUGGCAGAUGUGAGCGAAAAUAGCGGGGCUUGGUGGUCAGCUGUCAUGGACCUGGUCAACGAGACCUACGCCCAGUGGUUGGCAGCAACCCCAUUGGAGCGGUUGCAAAUCGCCCCGAAAGGAGCCGAGGCUCUUUGUUCUGGUCGUUGGACGAGAGUCAAUGCCAGGAUUGCUUCGAUGUUGCUAACCGCGAUGGGCGAGGAACUCCGUGGAGAGAUGGUCAGCCAGAGGAUCACACAGAGCUCACCAAGGAUGGUUUUUCGCCUCUUCGUCCUGUUCCAACCUGGAGGGAGUGCUGAAAGGCAGGAAGUGUUGAGAAAGCUUCAGAACCCCAGUGAAUUCGUGACAGGCGAUGGGCUUGAAGAUGUGUUGAAGGCGGUGAGAUCCUGGCCUAGAUGGUUGGCUCGUUGCCACUCGGUGAACAUGUCGCCGCCCGAUGCCUCGGUCAUGGUCAGGGGAUUGAUGAACCUCACCACAAGGCACAUCUCCACUUCCCCAGAUGCAGCUUUCAGGACGGCUAUGCUGAGGACGUCACUGCGUUUGGACGCUAGGCCCACCAUCACCCAGGUCCAGGACUACCAGCGACACCUGCAAGCCGAGCUGGAAACCUUGUUGUCCUCUACGAGUACGGCUUCAACGGCGACGACGACAUCAGGGGGCCCAAGGAUGAGAGCGGAGACCCGGGCGAAAAAGUGUCUCCUAUGUGGAUCUGAAAGCCAUAGACAGCGGGAGUGUGUGGUCAAUAAGCCAGGAGCAAAGUCAAGGGCAACCUCAACGGCGGCAGCAUCCACGGCUAAGACUACAGGUGAUGCUCCUUCUUCAUCCCAGUCGCCAGCCGUUGCAGCGGUGACUGGACCACAGGGUGACGGAGGAGAUCCACCGAUUCAGGGUGUGCCCUGGACAUUAGAGUCGCUCUUGCAGGCAGUCCAGGCCCAGGUCGUGCACUCCACCUCCGAAGGAGAAAAGAGCCCUGAGAAGACACCGGCAGCCAAGGUGCUGGUUGUUCGAGACAUCAGGGUGUGCUCGCUGAGAUCUUCGUCGUCGGCAUUGCUGGAUUCAGGGGCUACACACUCACUUCGGAGUGCUACCACUUGGGAUGAGUGGCAACGAUCUGAAGAGGUAGAAGUGCAGCUGGCCGGGAACCAUUCCUUGAAGAUGAGGAUGAGUGGGCUGGACACCUUGUUGAUGCCACCUCAGCCCAACAACAAUCCUGAGGCGCAGCAGCAUCAAACCAUUGUCCCGCUUGGCGAGCUCGUGAAGAUCCUGGGGUACACAAUGAAAUGGUCAAGGGAGGAAUGCACUCUUGAGGACCCCAAUGGCGAGAUUCUCCACCUAAGCACGAACUCUGGGUGCCCUCAGAUGUGUGAAGCUGAGGCGCUGGCACUCAUUGCCAGAUUGGAGGAGAGGAAGCGAGAGCGCUUGGAGAACGAGACCUUGAUCACGGAAGACAGGAUCGCCAGAGUCGCCUCCUGCAUGGACAGGUCUUGGUAUGAGUACCUCUUGAAUUAUGCCAAUGGGGGACCACGAGAAGCAGGACUCCGAGCCCUUCGUGAUGCACCUUUCCUCCAAGACCUCCCUGGUGAAUGUCUCAAUGGUUUGAUCCCUCCGGAAGAGCUGUGCAGUGGCUGGGAAACCCUGAAGAAGGUCACCUACCUGACUCGACCACAGAGGAGGACGCUGCUUUCAGCAAAGAAAUGGAUCGUGCACAUGGAAUUCUUCCGACAACAUGAUGGUGAUACGGUGGUCCUGGAGAUUGACAUCCGGCAAUGUCGUGGGCAUGAUCUACUGGGAAGGUCGCCAACCUGGGAAAUGCUCCUGUGGGGGGCAAGAUCGGGAAAGGUGGAUAUGGUGUUUGGUGGACCACCGGGGAGGGACGGCCGCGCCUUUCUCCACUCAACUUCCGACGAGACCACUCUCAAGCCUCUUUCCUUGAUCUGCAGAAUGCUCUGGCUGUACGUGGUGGCAUCAGCGGGAAGAAUGACAACUGCAAAGGGAGCAAUGAGACAUAAGGAGGUGGGCUUUAUGAUCGAGCACCCAGGAGUUUCUACUUCGUCGUCCUCAGCAACAAGGGAGGGGCGUCCUUUCCUUUGGGAGACCAGAGUGUGGCGAGAGUUUGCAACUGAGGCGGGCAUGUUCGAGGUGUCGUUUGAGCAAGGGGGAACAGGAGCGAACACCAAGAUGAGUACUGUUCUGGGAACCAACAUCCCGUACCUGAGAGGCUUGGAGGGCAUCAAGGCGGACAGUAAGCUCGAGACGGCAUCUCCGGAGGUGGAUCAGAGCCGGUGGUCACCUGGGCUAGUCAAGGCCCUGGUCGUUGCAUUCCACAUGUGGUCAAGGAGUCCUCGGGUGUAUGCCAUGAGCCCGGAGCAAUGGAAAAAACACGUUGAUGCGUCCCACCUCCCCUAUAGGAGGGACUGUGCCACUUGUGUGAUGGCCAAGGGAACUGGAAAGCGUCAUGGUCGUGUAUGUCACCCCGACAGCUAUGUCCUCACUUCUGACCUUUCGGCACCACUAAAGGCUGGGCUGGACUCGGCGAUCAAGGGAACUCCUUCGUGCAACAUAAGGUACCUGCUGGUUGCGAAGUAUCUCUUUCCAAAGGACUUUGCGAAGGCUUAUUCGGGGAGGGAACCCCCGCCCCAUGAAGGGAUGGACCACAGCCUACCUCCAGAAGCUCAAGAAGAGAAGCAUGACUUGGAGGAGGAACACGGGCAACCCAUUCCUGAAGACGUUAUGGACUACGAACCAUCGGAGCCGGAGGAGAUCCUUGAAGAGGGAAACCCGUUGUUUGAGGACCACCAUGAUGAUGGCGGCGAAGCUGAUGAUGAGAAGGUGGAGGAACCACCUGAAGGAGAAGAAGGUGGUGAUGGUAAGCCUGGCCAUGCUGUUAUGAGGACUGGUGACUGUAAUCCUCCCGAGAUGACGUCGCUGGUUUUCGCUGUUGGAAUUCCCAACAACAAGGCGAGCACGAUUAAGGGGGCUCUGCAGGAUGUGAUACUGUAUCUUGGAGCUCAUGGACUACCAGUGCUACGGUUCCACUCUGAUCGAGGUGAGUACUACUCAGCUGCUUUCAAGACUUGGUUAAGGGAGCAGGGCAUUCGUGGAACAUGGGCAGAACCUGGGAUUCCCCAGACCAAUGGUCAUGCCGAGGCCACUGUGAAAUGGGUCAAGAACCGGAUUCGUACGAUGCUGGUGGCGAGUGGACUGCCGGUUCGCCUGUGGCCAGCAGCGGCAGAGACUGCAGCAGCUGAACAGCGGGCUUCGGCAAGGGGCCGAUAUGUCGGACUAAGUGGACUGCUGGAUCGAGGACACUUGGUGUUCUUGCCUGAGGAAGAAGGGAAGGGAGAGGGCUUCUUCCACACCUUUCACGUGAGGCCUAACCUUGUGGAUCCUGGUGAGCCGACAACCACUUUGGAGGCAGACGAGGUUAUCAAGCCAUCUACUCGCCUGUCUGAAAAGACCAAACCUUCUGAUGUAAUUCCGAGGGUGGCUGCGAUUGAGAAGAUAAGCCCUGGAGAUGUUGAGGAGGAGGCCAAACAAGCCCUCGAGCUCGAUGACGAGGACCUGGACUUGGAGCUGGUGGAGAAGUGGUUUCGGAAUGGAUCACUGGACAACUUCAAGGCUGGGGCAUACCGUCAUGGAGGUGUGGUGGGGGUGAUGAACUCUACAUCGGAAUUCCCGCUGGUAACCCGAAUCCUCACUCGAAUCUUACUGCGCUCCAUGCCCGAGGCAACCUUCACUGCAGUACUGGUGUCAACGAAUACAUUGAAGGAAGUUCACAAGGAUAUCAACAAUGAUGCUAACACUCAGAACUACCUGGUGCCCGUUGUGUGCCCGAAAAAGGGAGGAGGAGUUUGGGUUCAACUUCAACCUGGAGAUGUGGUCCAAGGAGAGCUAAACCAAAGACCAAAUGCCAAGGGUGAAAUGAUGUACGGCAAUGUACACCCGCUUGAGAAGGGGAAGUGCAUAUCAUUCUCACCAAGGCGAGCCCAUGAAGUCAUGGAGUGGACAGGUGAUCGAGUCGUGGUCAUCGGCUACACCCCACAUUGCCACGGCCGCAUGGACUACGCAAUGGUCAGGACUUUGGAACAGCUGGGUUUCCCACCACCUCUUUCUCAACUACCAGAGUUCUACAUCCCGAAGCCUGAAGCGGCAGUCGUGAACUCAGUAUCGGCCACUGAAGUCGCAUGCGAAGAACGGUGUGAGCAAGUGGAACCCGAAUUGAGAUCGAAGGAUUGGGAGAUGUUUCUGGAAGUGGAGAAUGGAAAGGUGAGUCUUGGAGAAGGUGGACAUGGACCCCUUGGACCAGCAGCUCCUUCGAUUAAAAAGGCGGAGGUUGGUUACACAUCAGGGAUCGAGAAAUUGCUGAGUUCCCUUACCGCCCCGUUGGAUGUGGUGCACAAUGUUGAUCCUCAAGAAGUUCUUGGCUCGUUGGAAAAAUGGCUGCCGGCGAUCCAAAAGGAGGUCAAAAGCGUGGAGCAUGCCAUUGAGCGAUUGAAACCUGGAACUGCAUCGAGGGCGAGUUGGUUGAAAAGGCGUGGAGUACAGAGACUUCCCACAAAGUUCGUCUACACGGUGAAGCCGAACGACAAGGCGGACCCCAACGACCCGUCCACAUGGUUCAAGCGAAAAGCUCGACUCGUAGUUUGUGGCAACAUGGCGGCGGUGAGGGCCGCCCUGACAUUGACCUGCAAAAACCAAUGGACGGUGGGGAUCCUCGACAUUGUGACGGCCUUCUUGAAGACGCCAAUGGGAAGGUCUUCGAAGGACCCAGUGGUAGUGGUGCAGCCCCCCAAACUAUUGGAGCGUCUGAACCUGAUUGAGGAGUUCGAGUUAUGGGGCCUGAUUCGAGCCUUGUACGGACUCAAAGAGUCACCUCGGUUGUGGGGCAACUACAGAGAUCACGAAUUGGAGUCCCUCUCGGUACAGAUCAAUGAUGCCAUGCUGCAACUUCGGAAGGGCAAGGCGGUCACGGCUUGGUGGACAGUCCUGGGGCCGAAUAACCAGAUCGUAGCGGUCAUUGUGAUCUAUGUGGACGAUUUCAUGAUCUGUGGUUGCAAAAAUACGAUCACAGCCCUGGCCCAAGGAAUUCAAAGGCUGUGGGAGACGACUGACCUACAGCUGAUUUCUCGGCAUCAACCUCUGAGGUUCCUGGGCAUGGAGAUAUAUCUCAGAGGGGAAGAAGGAGGGUCAUUGUCCUUUGGCAUUGCGCAGGAGGCAUACAUCCGUGAGCUCCUAAGGAUGAGGGAGAUCCCAACUACUCAGCUGGAUCGCAUUCCUUUGAGCAAGGACUCGGCUUCUUUCUCUGUGCUGAAGAACGACCUUCCCCCGAGCGACUUCGACGUUCAUCUUGCCCAACAACUAACAGGCGAGCUGCUAUGGGUUUCUCAACGGAGCCGUCCUGACCUGGCAUUUGUGACCUCACUCAUGUCGACCUUGACAACCCGAGCGCCUUCGAGGGUGAUUGCCAUCGGCUACAAAGCGCUGGGAUAUCUUCAAAGAACGCAAACCCGGCGAUUGACCAUCGCCUACGACGGCACAGACCUCUCCUUGUUCUGCGAUGCAGCAUAUGCUCCGGAGUCGGGUCGGGCCAUAGUAUGGCGAUCGGGGAGACAAAGUGUGAUAUCACUUUCCACGGCGGAGAGUGAACUCAUUGCUCUGCUGGACGGGGCAGUCGCCACGUUGGGGGUGGAAGCUCUACUACAAGACGUGGGGGUGGAGGUAUCGUCGAGAACGAUCUACACCGACAGCACCUCUGCCCUGGCGAUCACCUCUGGGAACGGGGGAUGGAGAACCAGACAUCUUCGCAUAAAGGCGGGGUGGUUGCAGGAACAGCUGGAUGCCGGCAUCAUGGCCAUCAAGCAUUGCGCUGGACGGAUCCAGCUCGCUGACCUUUUGACGAAGGCCAUGCCGGCCCAAAGGAUCAGCGACCUCCUUGCUCUAUGGGGAGUAAAGGAUGAGCAGACCGAGACGCCAACGACAAGAAUGGGCUCGAGUAUUUCGGCAAGGGCACUUUUGGCUUUGGUCUGCUGCAUGUUGAUAGUCGGGACGAAGGCCGAGGAGGAGGAUGCUGCCCUCCAAGGUCGUCUGUCAGUGGACUGGGAUAUGGUGGGAUGGUUGCUAAUUUUCCUUGCAGUGGCUGGGGUGGUGGCGAUUUGGGAAGGGGUCAAAUGGACUACAGCUAGAAUGAUGGAUUGGACACCUGGAGCUGGAGCACGGCGAUUGAGGAAGCUACAGAGAUUAGAGACAGCGACGAGGCGUGCCCUGGAGUUGGAACUUGAUCGGUUGGCCAGUGAAGAGUUUAACUCGUCACUGAGCUUUACAACAAGUGAGCCAAGUUAUGAUGAUUGGGAUGAGCGACCCCGAGUGUGCUUCGACCUCGUGAUGCUGAUGGUGGUGGAGGAUAUACGAGCUGGCCUUAGAGAAGAAGGGCUACCAACCACUGGAUCCAAGAAGGAGAUGGCGGAAAGACUCUCGGCCAACCUGGUGGAGGGGGCAUUUCCUUCGAGGUCACUGCCAUCGACAAGACAGUACAAGUACGUCCUCUACCUCUGGAACCAACGGGGCUUGAAGCAUCGUGUCCGGCUGAAAUGGGAGAAUGUGAAUACCAAGCACAAGAUCUCUCAGUGGCUGGCAUUUUGGAAAGACGCAUGA